CUAGCAAACACCCGAAGCAUCAGCCCUCCGCUAACCGAGCGGUCUCUUAAGCUCCGCGACGGACCGGGUCCGGUGCACCGCUGACCCGGCAAACAGGGCUCUUGCGAUGGUUGGGGGGAAAGUCGGGUCUUCGCUGAAAACGACCCCGUUUCGAUGGAUUACAGCUGGUUUGGGCUCUGUAAACGGCGGCGCCCUCGCCCACUGUCGCUAGCGGCCGUUAGCCAGGAAAGUCGCUUAGCGCGCGAGAGGAAGGAAGGAAGGAAGCGAGCGAGCGAGGAAAGGGACAAAGUAAGUCUGCUGCGCACCGCCGCCUAGGCGAAGCUAACAACCCCUCUCUCUCUCCCCACCCACCCCCGCCGGGACCCUCAACACCGCGCCGCCACCACCGAGAACGGUAAUCUCCCCCCCGUAGAGCCCUCCAAGGAAGCCGAGCGCUUGUUUUGUCCAAAAGGAUAUGCGGCUAGUCGGCGUAGCUAGCAGUCGACACCCGCGGGUCUGCCCGGAUAGCUGCGCGGCUAACGUGCGCUAGCUAGUUAGCUAGCGGCUUCCGUUAGACGUUGCGUAAAUCGGACGCGACGCCGCUUAGCUAACGGUUAUAAAGCCUCGUAGCGCGCCCGUGUCCGGGUCGUGACGUAUAAAACGCUUGGCGGCCCGUUUCUCGCUCUCUCUCUCUCCGCCCUGAGCCGUGCGACCAAGGCGGCGUAGGAAUUAACGAUGGCCUCGGACGUGACCGAAAGCCAAGCGGCGCUGAAGGGACUGCGUGACCCGAGCGUGAACAACGGGAGCCCGAGGCUUGACACACCCGGAAGGACUCACGGGGAUCCGGGGAGCAGAGGGGCGUCAAGUCCCUCAUCCCCCGGGGUGUCGGGGGACGGCGGCGGGGGAGACUCGGACGAGACGCAACGCAGCGCAGUUUCCGCGGUGGACAAUGGCGGAGAGGCGCCCGAGGAGAGUCGCACGGAAACGGGAGGUUCGCCGCAGGAAAGGACGGCCCCGGACAAUGGACAUAAACAACCCGAGGCAAGGAGCUCUACUCCGGUGGCUUCUUCCCGGUCUCCCCCAACCUCUGGUGGACCCAAUGGAAGUCUGGAGCGCUGGGAGUCAGUCGCCACAACAGAGGCACGCUUAAGAAUGGAAGGGGUUGAACUUAAGGAAGAGUGGCAGGAUGAGGAUUUUCCAAGGCCCCUGCCGGAGGAAGAGGAGCUUGAUGAAGAGCUUUUUGUUGGAACCUCUAGCGAAGGAGAACCAGGCUCCUCUCCAGGCUAUGCAGUCAACCAUGGAAAGAAAGCCAAAAAGAAGCUUGCAGCUCCAGACAUCAGCCUGAACCUUGACUGCAGUGAGGGCUCACUUCUCUCCGAUGAGCUGGACGAAAGCACAGAGCUGGACCUAGAUGACAUAGACACACCCUCAGACAACAGCAAUGAGUUUGAAUGGGAAGAUGAUUUGCCCAAGCCAAAAACCACAGAGCUACUGCAGAAGGGUGUUGAGUCUGUCCAAGAGUACUCUGCCUUAGAGGAAAGGGAUGAGGGACGGCGCUGGAGGGUAUUUCGUAUCGGUGAUCAAGAGCACAGAGUAGACAUGAAGGCUAUAGAGCCCUACAAGAGGGUUAUCAGCCAUGGAGGUUAUUAUGGAGAUGGGUUAAAUGCUAUAAUCGUGUUUGCUGUGUGUUUUAUGCCUGAGAGCAAUCAACCAAAUUACAGAUACAUAAUGGACAAUCUCUUCAAGUAUGUCAUUGGCACUCUGGAGCUUUUGGUUGCUGAAAACUACAUGAUAGUGUAUUUGAAUGGCGCGACGUCAAGAAAAAAGAUGCCAACCGUCGGCUGGCUGAGGAAGUGUUAUCAACAGAUCGACAGAAGGUUACGGAAGAACUUGAAGUCGCUGAUAAUUGUCCAUCCCUCUUGGUUUAUUCGCACGCUUUUGGCACUCACAAAACCCUUCAUAAGCUCCAAAUUUAGCCAGAAAAUCAAAUAUGUGUACAGCCUGACAGACCUGGCAGAGUUGGUGCCUAUGGAGUAUGUGUCUAUACCAGAUUGUAUCAAACAGUUUGACGACGAAAAAAAUAGGAAAACACGUAAAAGAAUCGACCAGGACAUGCACGGCAAAGUGGAGAUUGCGGCCGCCGCCGUUCCGGAGUGAAUGUGCCAGCACGCCGGGGCGAAGAGGAGGAAGAUUUCGUAGAAUCACAGCCACUCAUAAUCCUGUGUUAUGUAACUGGAUACUUAGGUCUUUGUGUCAGAGAAGUGCCUUUUUUAAAAACUAUGCUGCCUGUUACGUUGAGGAGUUCCGUGUUGUCGGUGUGCCAAGCGCUUUAUCUCCCGUUCUCCUCUCGUGCUAUGUAAAGUGUUUUUAUACCCCCUUUUUUAAUGUACAAUAUGUCCAACUUUGAUAUCGACGUUCUUCUUAGCUACCGAUGUGUCUGCGGUGUAUUUAAGGCACUCUGUUACAAAUGGUUGAUGCAUGCUCCGCUUCGUUGCAUUUAAAUAUGUAUUUAUAUUCAAUGGUGUCAAAGGAGAGAGAUUAAUAUAUUUUUAUGGUUGCUCUGAUUUCAAGCUGAGUUUUAGGUCCCCCCUCCCCUCCCCUCCCCGAACCCACUAAGUGGCAUUCUUAGAGCAGGUUUCCCAGCACCCCUGUCAAUGUUCACGUUCACUGCUGAGGUUAUAGGUUAGAAAUGUGCCACUAAAAAAAAACAAAACAAAACACUCCUGCCCUUCACUUGAAUGCACCCACUGUCAUGCACACGGAGGCCAAUGUUGGCGAGCUGUAAUCCGAAGUGGGAUUUAGGUCUCUGCGGAAGAUAACUCCCCCAUGGUGUUUUCUCUAGGUAUGUUGACGUUUGAGUUAAAAAGGAUUUAGUCUGCUCUUUCUUGUAUAUUAUGUUUCUGCAAGUAAAUUAAUUGUUCCACA